AUGGCCGCCGGGGAUGAUGGGAGCUUUGGGGAACGCCGCGAGAGGCACAGGGGCCUGCCUGAGCCGCGGAGGCGCGGCUGGCCUGAGGCGCAUGCGCGAGCGUCAGCCGUAGCAGCAGCGGCAGCAGCAGCUGGAGCCGGGCUCGGGUGCGGGGAGCCGGGCGGGGGCUUCGAGGAGGGAGAGAAGAUGGCAGCGGCGGGGGCGUGUGGGGCGGGCUGCUGCAGCUGCUGCUGCUGUGGGGAGAGGGAGAGCCGCACCCCGGAGGAGCUGACUAUUCUGGGUGAAACAGAGGACGAAGACGACGAGAUUCUCCCACGCAAGGAUUAUGAGAGUUUGGACUAUGACCGUUGCAUCAAUGAACCCUACUUGGAAGUCCUAGAAAGUCUGGACAACAAGAAAGGCCGGCGGUAUGAGGCAGUGAAGUGGAUGAUGGUUUUUGCCAUUGGAGUUUGCACAGGCAUGGUGGGCCUCUUCGUCGACUUCUUCGUGCGUCUCUUUUCCAAACUCAAGUUCCACAUCGUACAGAGCUCAGUGGAGGAGUGCAGCGAGAAAGGCUGCCUUGCCGUAUCCCUGCUGGAGCUGCUGGGCUUUAACCUGACUUUCAUCUUCUUGGCCAGCCUCCUUGUCUUGAUCCAGCCUGUGGCGGCCGGUUCCGGCAUUCCGGAGAUCAAAUGCUACCUGAACGGUGUGAAGGUGCCGGGAAUUGUUCGUCUCCGGACUCUGGUGUGCAAAGCCCUGGGAGUGCUGUUCAGCGUUGCUGGAGGUCUCUUCGUCGGGAAAGAAGGGCCCAUGAUCCACAGCGGUGCCAUAGUAGGAGCUGGCUUACCUCAGUUCCAGAGCAUUUCUUUAAAGAAGAUCCGGUUUAACUUCCCCUAUUUCCGCAGCGACAGGGACAAACGGGAUUUUGUAUCUGCAGGAGCUGCCGCAGGGGUGGCGGCAGCCUUCGGGGCGCCCAUUGGGGGCACUCUCUUCAGCCUGGAAGAAGGAUCCUCUUUCUGGAACCAGGGACUGACGUGGAAAGUGCUUUUCUGUUCCAUGGCGGCCACCUUCACUCUGAACUUCUUCCGCUCCGGGAUUCAGUUUGGAAGCUGGGGGUCUUUCCAGCUCCCGGGACUGCUGAAUUUUGGAGAGUUCAAGUGCUUGGAAUCCGAUAAAAAAUGCCACCUGUGGACGGUCGUGGACUUGGGCUUCUUCAUCCUGAUGGGGGUCGUGGGGGGCUUCCUGGGGGCCACCUUCAACUGCAUCAACAAGAGGCUGGCGAAAUACCGCAUGCGGAACGUGCACCCCAAACCCAAGCUAGUCAGAGUCUUGGAGAGCUUGUUGGUGGGUCUAACGACCACCCUGGUGGUCUUCGUCGCUUCCAUGGUUCUAGGCGAGUGCCGGCCACUGUCGUCCGCCAACCACGGAGACAACAGCUCUCUCAGCCUGCAGGGCUCCUCGUCCUCCGACGAAGUGAAUUCCAGCAUCAAGACGUUCUUCUGUCCCAACGACACGUACAACGACAUGGCAACGCUUUUCUUUAACCCGCAGGAGUCGGCCAUCUUGCAGCUUUUUCACCAGGAGGGUACCUUCAGCCCAGUCACGCUCUCCCUGUUUUUCCUUCUCUAUUUCUUACUCUCCUGCUGGACGUAUGGGAUUUCUGUGCCCAGCGGCCUCUUUGUCCCGUCGCUGCUCUGCGGGGCCGCUUUCGGACGCCUGGUGGCCAACCUCCUCAAAAGCUACAUCGGUCUGGACCACAUCUAUUCGGGGACCUUUGCGCUCAUCGGAGCGGCCGCCUUCCUAGGCGGUGUCGUCCGCAUGACGAUCAGCCUCACCGUGAUCCUGAUUGAGUCCACGAACGAGAUCUCCUACGGGCUUCCCAUUAUGGUCACGCUGAUGGUGGCCAAAUGGACGGGCGAUUUCUUCAACAAGGGCAUCUACGACAUCUACGUGAACUUGCGUGGGGUGCCGCUGCUGGAGUGGGAAACCAAGGCGGAAAUGGACAAGCUGAGGGCCAGCGACAUCAUGGAGCCCAACCUGAUGUACGUCUACCCGCACACCCGGAUCCAGUCCCUGGUGAGCAUUCUGCGCACAACGGUCCAUCACGCCUUCCCGGUGGUGACCGAAAACCGGGCCUACGAGAAGGAGUUCAUGAAGUGGGACCAGCUGAUCAGCAAUAACAUUAAAUUCAAGAAAUCUAGCAUCCUCACCCGAGCCAGCGAACAGCGCAAACGCAGCCAGUCCAUGAAAUCCUAUCCAUCCAGCGAAUUGCGCAAUAUGUGUGAUGACCACAUCGCGACCGAAGAGCCGUCGGAGACGGAGGACAUGCUGCAGCAAAUGCUGGAACGGAGAUAUACCCCAUACCCGAACCUUUACCCGGACCAAUCCCCCAGCGAAGAGUGGACCAUGGAGGAACGCUUCCGUCCCCUCACCUUUCACGGCCUGAUCCUGCGCUCGCAGCUGGUCACCUUGCUCGUGCGAGGCGUCUGUUACGCGGAGAACCAGUCGAGUGCCAACCAGCCCCGUCUCUCGUAUGCAGAGAUGGCGGAAGAUUACCCUCGCUACCCGGACAUCCACGACUUGGACCUCACCUUACUGAACCCCAGGAUGAUAGUGGACGUCACGCCCUACAUGAAUCCAUCCCCUUUCACCGUCUCGCCCAACACCCACGUCUCACAAGUCUUCAACCUCUUCCGGACCAUGGGGCUCAGGCAUUUGCCGGUGGUGAACGCCGUUGGUGAGAUCGUCGGCAUCAUCACCCGGCACAACCUGACCCACGAGUUCCUGCAGGCCAGGCUGCGGCAACACUACCAGACCAACUGACCUCUUCCGCCGCCUCUCCGUCCCUUCCCAACUUCUGAGCCACCGCUUCGGUUUCCGCUUGGCCCGUGGGGCCGGCUUUGUGCACUUUAAAAAAAAGAAAGGACCAACCGGUUUUUCUCAUGGGAGCCCCCCCCCCCCAAAAAAACCCUCUGGGGCCAGGAAACGAGCGAGGAGCCGUGAUUUUCACACCCGCUGGCUGUUUUCAGGGGUCCACUCCCUGCUUUUUACGACAGUUGUUCGUCCCUCUUCCCAACUGGCUUUCGAUUAUAGUCCCACCAUUUCACGGCCCUGCCGACGCAUUUGAGAAGAAACUCAGCCGUAUUCCAGAUGGAAGGAGCGCUCUUUCUUGGUUCUCUCCCUGACUUCCUUCCGCGUAUCUUGCCUUACCAUAAACCGGUCUCAAGGGCUGGCCCCGUUUCCCGCUAAUUCCAAACGUCGCCAAGCAUUCCUCCGAUUCACAUUUCCCUUCUUUGGUAAGGCUGAGAAAGAAGCGCACCGUUUUUUUCCCCUUUGGGAGGGAAUCCCUGCGCUUCACAUUAAUUUAUUUCCCCCCCUUCCCCCUUCCGCUCUUGAACUCCGGUUUCGAAAAAGGCCUUGGGGCCCUCAAUGCCGAAAGAUCUCUGCUCGAGAGGAAUUCGGAUCGAGGGCUUGGUCCCUGUGGCCUUCCGGGAUUAUCAGCGGCAAAAAAAGUUGCAUGUGCGAGAAAGUGAACAAUCAUUGAACAUUAUGUGUGUGUGUGUGUAGAAGAUGAUGAAGUAAUAGUGUUCUGGAGAAUCGCCUUAUAUGGAUUUAGGGAGUUAGGGUUCAUACAUAUCAUUUUCCCACCAGUUUUAUGUUGACCACUGGAUGUUUGGAAUUGAUUCGAACAGGUUUGUCCAGAGGGAAUGAAUGCACGCAGAUUUCUCUCACUAUCUAGCGAUGGUCAAGCGUUUAGAGGUGAAUCUCGCUUUCCCCUGGGGGAGUGGCUUGGCGGUCCCCAUCCUGUUGUGGUCCUUUGAAUGGAAAAAGUUUCUCCACUACGGACCUUCUGGUGUCCCCUUCCUUUGUCCGCCCUUUGCCCGAGGCCGGCUGGUCACAGCAUACAGCCGAUGCUCUGUGCAGAAUUAAGCUUGAUCGCUUUUAAAGAAUAUUUUGGGUGGCCUGCAGCGGGGCGUUAAAAACGUCACCUUUCAUGGCAACGUCCCGCUGUUGGCAACCAGCAGCCGUUCCUGCCUCGAGUUUAGCAGUUGCACGGAUUGGGCCUUUGAUUUCUCGGCGUGGAGCAAAAUAGAAGCUUGCAGCCAGGUGUGUCCUUUCUCCCGAAAUCUACCUGCAUGCUUUCUCCCCACCUCUCUAACUUUUUAAGUGUGCUCUUGCUGCCUUCCUCUUCCUCUUUCUGCACAGGACAGCUGGAUCUUCUGAUCUGACAUGGCUGUUCCUUCCGCCGGCGGUAACGAGAAUCCCCUGCACAACCGUUGGGAGUCCUGCUCUGAGCAAGACACGCCCAGUCAGGGCCUUUUCCCUUAACCGUUCCCAGGCGCUCACUCAGAAGUGCACGAAGGAAUUACCCUUCUCCCUGUAUGUCUCCCUGUCCUUGCAUAACCCCUCUGACUCCUUUUGCCUUGAAACCGCGUACCUGUUGCCGGUUCGGCCGCUAUCCUUUGACACUCAAACCCUGAACUCCAGUUUUCAUAGAAAGCCUUUAACUAGAACCAAUCUCGCCAGAGGGGGGGAAUCGUUUAGCAGUUGCGAUGGGGUACCCAGGCAGAACUGGAAUAAUUCCGGGCCUGGGGAGGGAGGGGGCCGCCCGCAGAGACUCGGAGCUUUCUCAUAAUAAUCACCAGCUCCCCUCUGAAGGCUCAAGCCGGCUGCAGCCGGUCUGGUGUUUCUAACAAGACCCAUCCUGGCAAUAUUCCGGCAGGCUCCUGCGGUCGUAGGUUUUGGCCUUCGCAUAAAUCGCUCCCCGGGGAAGUCAGGCCCGUGCUUACGAAGGGCAUGAACUGUAAUGCUGAUGGGCUUGAUAAAGCACAGCACAGGAUUUGCGUUUUCUCAAUUAGGGGAUGCAUUCCAGGAAAGGGUCCUUGCAGGGUCCUCUCCUCCGCUUUCUCUAGCAGGCUGCCUUUCAACCUAUCCUGUGCUACAGACAGCAGCUGUGGCGUCCAGGAAUUGAUCCCCCCCCAUGUCCUAUAAUCCUGAUCUUAUUGAUUCUAAGACCUUACAGUCAGUUUUCCCCUUAUUUCGACUGUCUUGUCCCAUAGAAACCAACGAGUCUUGCUUGACCCAGCCGAGGGUUGGUUCAGACAUGCGCUCCGGUCUUCCUAAUACCGUGACGUCCGAAUCACCAGCGCCCAGAUCUCGCCUGCGCUCGGGGCGGGGGGCGCGUGUGGGUCGUGGGUGUGGCAGAAGGCACGACGCACAUCGGUUUGGUCGUGACGUUCCAAGCGAGGCAACGGGGGGGAAGGGGAUUCUCCGUAGGCGGAAGCAAAAUCUAGGGCUGACAGGAUCUCAUUUAGGACAAAUGGGUCGAGAACCCCCCCCCCCAUUCACGAUGAAUCCAAUGCGUGGGCACAGAGGAGGGGGGACGACGACGACAGCCCCGCUUUUCAAAUGGAGCCCCUACCCAAAAGGAGGCAGAGAAAACAUUGACGAUCUCAGCGGCUCACACCGUUUCGGUUGUAGUGUGAACUUCGGCUUUUGUGUUUUCUAAUAACACUUCGCUUAGACUUUUUUCCCCUAAGGGUGGGGGAGACAGGAAUGGAAAAAGGCGGGCAGUUCUGAAUUCUGGUUUCAUCUACUUGAGGCAGGAAUGCUUUGCUCACCUCCCUGAUACUGUGAUGCUGUUGUUUUUCGAAAGUUGAGCUUCCUCCUUUCCCCCUCCCCCUUCCUUCCUUCCUUCCUCUCUUUAUCAGGUUGCAGCUAUUUCUUUGCCUGCUCUUACCCCCCCCCCUUUAAAAAAAUAGGGAGGGGGCAGCCCUUCCAGAGGUAUCGACGGCCUCAAACCUCCUUGAAGCCUGGCUGUUUCUGGUUGCAGCAGGUCCUGUCUUGGCCUGGCUUGAUCACUUUGACAGCUGUCUUUCUCGAGGCCGGCUGGUGCAUUCAGACCAGAACUCUGUCUCUUCUCUCCCCUCUUAAUCCGCCCAUUUUCCUGCCAUCAGCACUCUCCUGUUCUGGCACCUUGUUGAAAGUGGCUGAGAGGUCUUGAAAUGUGGACCCCUGGUUAAUGCUGUAGAUUUCCAGAUUUCUGCACUGAAGGAGCGUAAUUGGGGUGUCAUCCACAUUUUGUGUAAGCGCCUUGUGUUUGCACGGCACAAUAACCCACCGUGGCUUAAUUUAGCUGUGGGCGCUGUCACAAGAACCUGGUUUAAGCGUGGCUUGCUUUGUCGGACGAACUCAGGUGGCCCGGCUCGUUGGCGUGAACAGCAGCCUUCCAAGACGCCUGAGCUGUUGCUGGAUUGCUGUCUGCUUCCAGCAAGCCACGCUGUACAGGUUCACACAACACGACAAACCAUGGUUAAGUCAGGUGCCACGGAAAAAUAAUGGCCGCUUGUACCCCCGUGGCUAAAUUAAGCCAUGGCGGGCUGUCAUGAAAUGCGAACCAGGGUUCUUCGACUCCUUGUGUCUGUGUUGCCAUUCUAUGUCUCCAUGUGUGUGUGUGUCCCUGUCUGUCUGUCUGUCUCUCUCUCUCUCUCUCUUUCUCUGUGCCUGUCUCUGUCUCUCUGUGUGUAUGUGUCUGCCUGUCUUUCUCUCUGUGUGUGUACCUGUCUCCCUCCCUCCCUCCCUCUCUCUGUGUGCCUGUCUCUGUCUCUCUCUGUGCCUGUCUCUGUGUGUAUGUGUCUGCCUGUCUUUCUCUCUCUCUGUGUACCUGUCUCCCUCCCUCCCCCCUCCCUCUCUCUCUGUGUGCCUGUCUCUGUCUUUCUCUGUGCCUGUUUCUCUGUGUGUGUGUCUGCCUGUGUCUCUCUCUCUCUGUGCCUGUCUCUCUCUCUGUGCCUGUCUCUGUUUGCGCAUUUGUGUCUGAGAGGGGUUUGAACCCGAAGAGGAGGCUUCUGCUCUCUCCCCAGCAUUCCAGCACCUUGCCAUGGAACGACAACUUUUGCCACCUGACACGUCCAGAUGAGCCGGCUUGUUUCUGCACAUCCCUCAGCAGUGGGCGGGAAAGCGUCGCAGACCGGUUUCCGCCGUCUUGUAAGGUGCUGAACCAAAUGAAGGGGCAUCUCCUUUCCCUGCUGCCCUUCCUCUCCAGAGCUGUAGGGAAGCAACAUUUAUUUAUUUUUGCCUUGAGCCAAUUUGAAGGCCCAGGUUUCGUGUGUGUCGUCCCCCCUCCCCCCCGUGCCACCCAGCUCAAAUAGUUCCACUUUAUUAAAACACGAAGAAGGGCUGUCACCAGGUGUCAAUUGUGUUGACAAAGCUGUCGCUGUGCCGUGCGCGAUCUUCCUCCUUCCCCUUCACAAUGACAAACUCCUUCCUUGCUCAAACCGACCUGGGGCUUGUUAAGAGGAGGCAGCUGACACGGCACUUAGUCGCUGCGCCCGUGCGAUGUUAUUUAUUUUAUUUUAUUUUAUUUUGUCUGGGGGUGUGGGGGGGAAACGACGACUCUCUAGCUGUAAGCUAGCUGGUCCUCAUUAGCGUGACUCAAAUCUCCUUCCCCUGCCUUGACAGUUCCUGCAGAGGCGACUGAGUUUUUUCUUUUAGAAGGACUGCAUCUUGCAAUGCUUUGAUUGGGUGCUCUGUGUGUGUGUGUUACCUCUGGGGUUUUAAAAUUCCCGACACCGUGACAGUUGCAGCGUACAGCGACCGAUCUUCGAAGCUGACACUUGGGGAAAGGACUUUGAAUCGAUCACACCUUGCUUUCCUCUGAUAAGACACUUGCCUUCAUUACCUUUUCCCUCCUGGAGGGCCAUCCUGAACUUCUUUUUAUGUUUUAGGACCAUCGAUGUCUGUGUGUAAGAGAUUAGCGAGAGGCCCGAUGGAUUUUAUCUGCCACAAGUUCCGUGCGCUCCAGAUGGCGCUGGGUUUUGGAAACUGUGCCUCUCUUGGUGUUGCUGGACUCCAACUCCCAUUGUCCGCAGUGGUCAGGGCUUACAGGGAUUGCAGUCCACCAGAAACUCAAGGUUCUUAAUCGCUGCUGUAGAGCAGGGGGUGGGCAGAUCUCCAGAUGUUUUGGAGUUCAAAGCUGAGCGUUCCUGAUUAUCAUCCAUGAUGGUGGGGACUUCUGGAGGUUGAAGCCCUCAACGUCUGGAGACGGGCCUUCUGCCAAACCCUGCUUGUGGGAUGCGGCAUUCUGGCUCCUGGUGCAACCUGCCCCUUGUGUGAACAGCCUCGCCUUUUAAGCGUGCAAAGGCCAACCUGCACACUUGGCGUUCCACCCACCCACACCCAUGCCUCUUAUCCCAAACCUAGCACCAGAAAGCUCCUGUUUUUCUGCAACGUGUAUCUCCAAGAAUUUGUAAUCCCGCUGGUGGUUCUCUUUCUAAAAACGGGCAGUGACGGACCUUCUCAACCGCUUCGUUUUGCGGAGUUUAAAACAAGCGCUCAGAGCCUGGGGAAGGGUUCACUUGGAAUGCAGCGCUGAUCUCUCACGUUGCGAGAUAUUAAACUUCUCGAGGCCCGUGUCCCUCUGUCCACAGCGGUGGGACCUUCUGCCAAUCCUCGUUCCCCUCUUGACUCAACCCAUUUCCUUGUUUUUUCCCCAUUUCUGCAAAGUGGUCGUCCCGGCCUGCUCCAGGUGAAGGCAGUUUGACCAGAGCGCUCGGUGCUAGCUUGAGAUUCGAAUGGGCGGCAUACGCACUACAUUCCCGCAUCAGUAUUCAAUGAAGCCUUGGGGAACAUGGGAAGGGUGUUCCUGAGAUGCCGACUCUCUUCUCUUACGCAGUGUUAACGUGUGAUACGAUGCUAUAAUAUGGGAACCCGUGUCCCUCCAAAUUGUUAUACUCCAACUCCCAUCGGCCUGACAUUUGGCCAUGGUGACUGGGCUGAUGGGAAUUGUAGUCCAACAUCAUCUGGAGCUGUCAUGGGUUCUGUGUCUAGAUCCCUGUCUCUCCCUCCACAACACCAUUUAUUCCCAUUAACCACUGGAACUUUUCUUCAUUCAAGGCACAAUCCUAUGCCUGUUUGGAUGGAAAAAAGUCCUGCAACUCCCAGGAAAGCCAGACUUCUUUCUGUCUUAACGUGCAUGGGGUCGUGCCCUUUAUCUCUCUAAUCUCCCCCCCCCCAAAAAAAAAUCUGGAUUGCACUUUCUGCUGUUCCCAGAUCAUGGAAAGUAACUCUGCUGUGUCUAUCAUUUUUUAUUUUUAAAAUCCCGUGUUGAUAAUGGUUUUUAUUUGUAUUCGAGCCCCUUGCGUUGGUAUGGCCACGAUCGUCCUCUUUAAAA